CCAAAUCAAUCGGAAAAUUGUUUCACCGAACAAACUGAUUCAGUUUCGUCACAAUCUCCGUGUUGCAAAGGUGCACUUUAAAUGAGAAAGGCAGCAGCAAAAAACUUUCAUUGAGGUGUUUUCCCCAGCUUUUUUUUUCAUUCCACUAAUCUUCGAAGGCACUCCUUUGGAGUUUUUUUUCGAUUCACUCGCAUCAGAGUUUGAGGAACAAUUGCAUCCUCCUAUUCAUUCAUCUAUCCAUCUACCCAUCUAAGUAAGCCGAAAGGUGAAAUCGUCAAUCAAAGAACGCGAGAUCAGCAGCAGCAGCGCCUACUGUCUGGGCAAGACCUAAAGCAAUCUCCCACUAACCAUGUCCAGCCAGCAGAAGAUGUCCUCGGAAGUCGGCGCCGCCGAGCAGUACGAGAUGGAGCAACUAGCCGAAGCGGAAAGCCAAAAGCUGCACAAACAACUCAGAACCCUGGAAAACGAACGGGCCGCCUUCCAGGAGCUCAAAGGCAAUUCGAUGCGCAAGUUCCGGGCCAGUGUGCGAUUGCUAGAACGCGACAAGCAACAGCUACAGCUACAACUGGAUUGUGAAGAAAACGGUGUCCACUCGAAGCGCGAGAACGAACUGGAAUCGGUGCUGGAGUCAACUUAUGAGCGACAAGAAAACGCCCACGCUAACCUGAGAGCCAAGAAAGAAGGUUUACGGGAAUUGGAAAACCACAUCAAAAAGAUACAUAGGGAGAUUGCCGAAAUUCGUAAAAACGAAGUAACGGACAUUCGUUACAAUGAAACCAUAGCGAAGGCACAGAAGUCAGUGCGCAAGCUAGAAAAUCGACUGGACGUUGUGAACAAGAAGGCAGGUGUGGCGAUGGCCGAGAAUGCUCAACUCCGUCAAACGAUAGAUCACAUGCUGCAGGAACGCGCCACAUUUAACAUAAUGUGGGAGAAGUUGGUUAACAAAAUGAACGAAGGCAAGCGAUAUAUGAUGGAUUUGAUAGAUCAAGCAACCUCGGCGUAUGACUCUCGGGAAGAACUCUGCACUAAGCUGCAGAUUCUUAAAGAUAAAGCGGCUUCGGAGAAGGCGGCCCACGUGCAGGAAAUGCGGGAGCUGCAGCGUAAGCUGGAUCACGAUGCUAAACUGCAAGAGUUUCUCGGUAUCAAGGGUCAACGGCGAUCGAAUGCUGAACUGGAGGAACGGGAAGCUCAGAAGCGGCAAAAGAUGUUGGAAAAUUUGGAGCGCCAGUACGCCGAGUACGAGCAGAUUAUGUCGAGGAUUAUGGCAUUUUCGGGGGAAGAUGACAUUGAUCGGUUGGUGGCAAAGUUUAUCAAGAAGGAGGAGGAAAAUUUCGCCCUGUUCAACUAUGUCAACGAGCUAAGUCAUGAGGUGGAGACCCUCACGGAGAGCGUUCAGGUGCUGCAGGAUAAAAUCAGUAAGUAUCGUCGCGAUAAAACGUUAAUCAAGGUAUUUCACACCACAUUUUACAAGGCAUUCGCACAGCUGGGUCAUUCGGCCAAAAGUUUUAAGGCAGAAGGCAAUUCGGCCGAACGUCAUUGGCUGAUGGACGUAAGGCAAAUUGGUCGAAUGGGUCAUACGGUUGGGGGUUAUCCAGUCAGUAGAACUAGUUCCACAUCGCCAAUGCACAGUGGUCCAGUACGGAACUGA